UUUUGUCAAACCAAAGAAUUAAGGAGAAAAACUAAUCUUAUCAUCAUGAAGAGGUUCAGUUUCUCAGAUUCUUCUGGCAAAUUGCUUUAUCCAACUGAAGAGAAAAAUACAGAGAAUUUGGGAUAUAGCAAUGAAUUUCAGGCAAUGUUAGAUGGAUUGGAAGAUGAAGAUGGGAUAGAAGAAAGUGGAUGUGGAACAGGGAAGAAAAGGAGGUUAAGAGUGGAUCAAGUUCAAGCACUGGAGAAAAUUUUCGAAGUUGAUAACAAACUUGAUCCUGAUAGAAAAGUAAAAAUUGCACAAGAAAUAGGCCUGCAACCAAGACAAAUUGCAAUUUGGUUCCAAAAUCGCCGCGCCCGUUGGAAGACUAAGCAAUUAGAAAGAGAUUAUAACAUUCUCAAGUCCAAUUAUGAAGCUCUUCAACAUAAUUACACCAAAGUUGAACAUGAAAAAGAAGGCUUGCGUACUGAGUUAAAAGGACUGAAAGAGAAGCUAGGAGAGGAAACAUUAUUAUCCCCUGUAUUUCAAAGGCCACAAGAAAUUCUGAAUAAGUUGAAGAAUUCAUCAGAUUCAAAAGAUGGAUCAUCAGAUAGUGAUUCAAGUGGAGUGAUGAAUGAAGAAAAUUACAACAUUUCAACACUCAAAUAUCAACAAUUAAUGCCUAAAGUGUCAUCUUACAAUAAUGCCCUUGAUCAUUUGUCAUUAUCUUCAUCAACAUACACACAAUUAAUGGAUCCAAGGGCAAGUAAUUCUACAUCAUCAUCAAUGAGAGCUUAUAAUAAUAAUAAUAAUAAUAAUAAUAAUAAUAGUAAUAAUCAGCAGCAGCAACAAGGUGUUGGGAGAAUUGAGGAGCAAAAUGGUUUUACAACAGAGGAUUCUUGCAACAUUUACUCUGUUGAUCAAGCACCAAAUCUUUAUUGGUACUUUAGUGACCAUAGAAAUUAGCUUUUAUGUAAGUUAGUAAUUUUCAUCAAUUUUAAAUAACAUGUAGCCUAAGUAUUUGAAGCAUCAAGAAGCUAUUUGUGUUUUUUUUUUACAA